CAGCAGGAAUUUUCCUUUUAAUUGGUCUUACACCAGUGGGAUAUAUCAUCCAAGAGCUAUUUCGUAUUACUAAUAAACAACUUGAAGAAGUUCAAUUUGGCAUAGGAUGCUACAGUUUGCAAUCGAUGAUCCUGAACAUUGGGUCUGGAAUCCAUGGGUUAUUAUUAAUGAAAAAACACACCUAUUUUUGUCUCUUCGCUGAGAUUUUGACAUUCAUUUCAAAAAUAGGAUGUGCUUUUUCUCUCAUGGCUACACCCUUAAUAACUAGAAGACCAAUUAUGAUACCUAUAAUAUCAGCAUAUGCUGCAGCACUGGUUUAUCUUCUCUUAAGCUUUAUAGGAUAUAAAAUGUACUUGAUCAAUGAUCUACCAGCUGAAAGUACAAUUAAACUGACAUACCAUCAAAUGUUUAAAGUAACGCUACCCCUAGGACUACAAGAAUUGAUUGAAAGAUGUGAAACUAAUAUUCUCAGCUUUACAGUUGCACAACUAACGCCAUCUGGAUCUACGCGGAGUAAGGCACUGGCAAACGUUUACAUUCUUCAUUCAUCAUUUUACUCAUUGCGAAGGAUAUUAACCAGUAUUUCAACAAUGGUACCAGCAUACCUUGCAUCUGGGGUUAACUCAUCAUUACAUUUCGACAAUGAACUAGUUAUCUCCACUUCAAUGAUUGCAUUUGUUUUAUUUUUGAUUUCAAUUUCAAUGUGCUGGAUUACUCCCAUUACAAGGGUUAUAUUUCUAUAUUUAUUUCACAUUUCUGAAGAAAAUUUCAUUGCAGUAUACUAUCCCUUUAAGUUGUACACAUUCUGGCCAAUUAUACAAACAUUUGCUUUGUUUUCAUUUGGAGUUUUACUGCACAAGAAAGACACUAAGAUGUCAAUAGUGAGUUCUGCUUGCCAAGUCAUUAUAUUGGGUUGUCUACCACUUGCUUUAGAUCAUCUUGGGUUUGAUAUUUUACUGUCUUCAGUAAUGGCUUUGUUUACUGCUCAGACAACUACUGCAGGUAUACUUUUCUCAUAUCUUUUUUUCAAGUAUUUAAGAAAAUCUGAAUCACAUUUAAAGCAAGUAUGAAAUUAGGUUGAUGCUGACAUUAUUCCAUGUGUAACCCU